GGCAUCAGCGUGGUGGAGCAGGAGCAGCUGGACAACAUGAUGAUCGAGAUGGACGGCACAGAAAACAAAUCUCAAUUUGGGGCCAACGCCAUCCUGGGGGUGUCUCUAGCCAUCUGUAAGGCCGGUGCUGCGGAGAAAGAGGUCCCCCUGUACCGCCACAUAGCCGACCUGGCUGGAAACACAGAGCUGGUGCUGCCGGUUCCUGCCUUCAAUGUGAUAAAUGGAGGUUCCCAUGCAGGUAACAAACUGGCCAUGCAGGAGUUUAUGGUUCUUCCUGUAGGAGCUGAGUCUUUCAAGGAGGCUUUGAGGAUAGGAUCGGAGCUGUACCACACGCUGAAGGGGGUGAUCCAGGAGAAAUACGGCCAGGAUGCAACCAAUGUGGGAGACGAGGGUGGGUUUGCUCCCAACAUCCUGGAGAACAGUGAGGCUCUGGAACUGCUGCAGACGGCCAUAGAGAAAGCUGGCUUCACGGACAAGGUGGUGGUCGGGAUGGACGUGGCUGCCUCCGAGUUUUACCGUGAUGGCAAAUACGACCUGGACUUCAAAUCCCCACCAGAUCCAGAUAGACACAUCUCAGGAGAGGAGCUGGCUGACAUCUACCAGGGCUUCGUCAACAACUACCCAGUGGUUUCCAUCGAGGACCCGUUCGACCAGGAUGACUGGAAAGCCUGGUCCCGUCUGACGGCCCAGGUGGGGAUCCAGGUGGUGGGGGACGACCUGACGGUGACCAACCCUAAGAGGAUAGAGAAAGCUGCUGAAGAGCGAGCCUGCAACUGCCUGCUGCUCAAAGUCAACCAGAUCGGCUCGGUCACUGAGGCCAUACAGGCGUGUAAACUGGCUCAGGCUAAUGGCUGGGGUGUGAUGGUCAGCCAUCGUUCAGGAGAGACAGAGGACACGUUCAUCGCUGACCUAGUGGUGGGACUCUGCACUGGACAGAUUAAGACCGGUGCCCCUUGCAGAUCUGAGAGGCUGGCCAAGUACAACCAACUCAUGAGGAUUGAGGAAGAGUUGGGCGACCAGGCUCGCUUCGCAGGCCAUAACUUCAGGAACCCCAGCGCCCUGUGAAACUGACAGACAGGAAUGACUCACACACACACACACGUACACAAACACACACAACUAACAUUGAGCCAUGUACAAUGAAAGAUCAUGAAGAUUCAUGAAAACACACAAGCAAAAGAGACAAGCAAAAAAAAAAACCCCAUAAAAUGAAUUAUGCACUGGACUUUGGAUAGUUAAGGAUGGGAUGUGUAUGCAUACACACUCAUAGAGUAAGCAGAUGCAGCAAACGCUCACGCACAUGCAGGGGAAUACCAUAGAAAUAUCUAAUUUAUAAGCCAGACAUGCACUGUUACUGUAGUUUUAAAGGAAUUGUUCAUGUACAGCCAGAGGAUAGACCUGCAAAAAUAAAGAUUAUUGUUGUAAAAACAGAGAGAUAAAUAAGUACAAAUACAAUAAGUAGAAAUAUAAUAGAACUAUGUAGACUGAAACGCAACUGAAAGAGAUGAACAAAAAUACAACUUUCAGCACCAAAAGAGGACGAUACACCCGCAGAAAGAAACAGCAGUUUCAGGGACUGACUGAAAAAAGAAGAAAACUACACAAACACGAGAACACUUACACACUCAGCUGCGUCACACUCUCACCUGGACACUGAAGUACCUGCACUCCACCCACUUCUGUCCUCAUCCCCUCUUUGUCUCCUUUAUCUCCUCGUCGUGUCUGUUUCUCAGUUUCUAAAUCCCUUUUUCUUCCCGUCCAGAUGUGAUUCUGAUUAUUUGUCUUUAUGCUUGAAACAAGAAAAGAAAAUCUAAACCCCUGAAUCCCUUCGUUCCUUCUGUUUCUCCUGAAUGUCUAUAGAAUAGAUGUGUUGAAAAAGAAGAAAGAAAAUUAAAAAAAGAACGCUUGUCAUUGAAAAUAAUGUGAAAAUAUGUUAAAUAAAAUAUGGUAAUUUACAAUUUCAAUCACA